AUGGAAAAAUUGGGUCGAUCCGUUGUAUACCAUGACACAGAUUCAAUUAUUUAUGCGAGUGAUGGUUCAAAUGAUCCUCCUUUAGGCAACUUCCUAGGGGAGUUUACUGACGAAUUGGAAGGAGACACUAUAACAACUUUUAUUUCCGGUGGGCCUAAGAACUAUGCUUAUCAAACAGCAGGAAGAAAGACGUGUUGUAAAGUGCGAGGCUUUACAUUAAACUUUAAAAAUACCGAAGUUUUAAAUUUCGAUUCCAUAAGAGAGUUGGUAUGCAAUAUGGAUCAUGAAAGCAUUGAAAUUUCCAAUCCUGCAAAAAUUACAAGGGAUCCAAAGCGUCGUAAUGUCAUCAACAACCCAGAAACCAAAGCUUACGGAUAG